AUGGAUUCUGAUUUCGGAAUCCCCAGAGAACUCUCUCCUCUCCAGCAACUCCGAUCUCAGUACCUCCCUGAGCUCCCUCCUUGCCUCCAGGGGACUACUGUUCGUGUGGAGCUCGGUGAUGGAACCACCGUGGCAAAGGCCGGUGAUGCGCAUAUCAUUGCUCGCGCCUUCCCCCAUACUUUAGGCCAGCCUUUGGCUCAUUUCCUUAGAGCUACUGCCAAAGUUGCUGAUGCUCAGAUCAUCACCGAGCAUCCGGCGAUUAGGGUGGGAAUUGUGUUUUCUGGAAGGCAGGCUCCUGGUGGCCACAAUGUGAUUUGGGGUCUUUACGAAGCUCUCAAAGUGCACAACGCCAAGAACACUUUGUUAGGAUUUUUGGGUGGUUCUGAAGGUUUAUUUGCCCAAAAGACUUUGGAGAUCACUGAUGAUAUCCUCCAAACCUACAAAAACCAAGGUGGCUUUGAUUUGCUUGGAAGAACCAAGGAUCAGAUUAGAACAACAGAGCAGGUUAAUGCUGCACUAAAAGCUUGCACGGAUUUGAAGUUGGAUGGCCUUGUUAUCAUUGGAGGUGUAACAUCAAACACAGAUGCGGCUCAUCUUGCUGAAUUUUUCGCUGAAGCGAAAUGCUCAACAAAGGUAGUUGGUGUUCCGGUCACUAUUAAUGGAGAUCUCAAGAAUCAGUUUGUGGAGGCCAACGUUGGUUUUGACACCAUAUGCAAGGUGAAUUCUCAGCUCAUUAGCAACAUCUGCACCGAUGCCCUUUCAGCAGAGAAGUAUUAUUACUUCGUCCGUCUCAUGGGUAGGAAGCAUUCUCAUGUUGCCCUUGAGUGUACACUUCAGUCUCAUCCAAACAUGGUGAUACUGGGCGAGGAGGUUGCAGCAUCAAAGCUCACAAUUUUCGACAUCACAAAACAGAUCUGCGAUGCUGUUCAAGCCAGAGCUGAACAAGACAAAAACCAUGGAGUCAUCCUAAUUCCUGAAGGCCUGGUAGAGAGUAUUCCUGAACUCUAUGCUCUGUUGAAGGAAAUUCAUGGACUGCUUAAGGAGGGUGUUGAUGCUGAUAACAUUUCUACGAAGCUGUCACCUUGGUCCUCUGCUCUGUUUGAAUUUUUGCCUCCAUUCAUGAAGAAACAGCUUCUUCUCCGUCCUGAGUCUGAUGAUUCUGCUCAGCUAUCCCAGAUCGAGACGGAGAAACUUCUUGCUUAUCUCGUGGAGACUGAAAUGAACAAGCGCUUGAAAGAAGGGACAUACAAAGGGAAGAAAUUCAAUGCGAUCUGCCACUUUUUUGGUUACCAAGCUCGUGGAUCUCUACCAUCAAAAUUCGACUGUGACUAUGCUUAUGUUCUUGGGCAUGUGUGUUACCACAUCCUCGCGGCCGGUUUGAACGGUUACAUGGCAACUCUGACUAACCUGAAGAGUCCUGUGAACAAAUGGAAAUGUGGCGCUGCACCAAUCACAGCAAUGAUGACAGUUAAGCGUUGGUCCCAGAACGCCGGUUCAACUUCAAUUGGACGACCUGUAAUCCAUCCAGCUACAGUGGACUUGAAAGGCAAAGCAUACGAGCUGUUGAGACAAAACGCUCAGAAGUUGUUGAUGGAGGACAUGUACAGAAACCCAGGGCCGCUCCAGUACGAUGGUCCAGGCGCAGAUGCGAAGGCGGUGAGCCUGUGUGUGGAAGACCAGGACUACAUGGGGAGGAUCAAGAAACUGCAGGAGUAUCUGGAUCAGGUGAGGACGAUAGUGAAACCUGGUUGCUCUCAAGACGUUUUGAAAGCGGCUUUGAGUGUUAUGGCUUCGGUGACUGAUGUUCUCACCACCAUCUCUUCUUCUUCUACCAGCGGUCACCAGUUUGCUUAA